AUGUCUUUCCUCACUCGCUCCGUCCCCAAAACCACCUCCCUCGCGGCCCCCAUCUCCCGAAUCGCCGCAGUCCGCUCAACACGCCCCUUCACCACCUCCCGCCCUGCUCAGAAGAUCGUCCCCGAGACCGUCAAAGAUGGCCUCCACAAAGUCGACAGGGCCGUCAGCGAUAAGCUCGUUGACGGAAUCAACAUGGCCACCGCCGCCUCACACAAGGUCAUGGAAACUGCCGAAGACCUCUCCAGCAGCGGCGUCGCAGAGCAAGUCGAGGGCAUGCAGGCCCACGCAAAGGGCAAGGCCCAGGAGAUGAAGGGUACAGCCAAGGAAAUGAAGGGCACCGCCAAGGGCAAGGCCGAGGAGCUCAAGGGCAAGACGAAGGGUGCUGCCGCCGAGGCAAAGGGCAAGGCCAAGGAGACUGCGGAAGACGUGCAGAGCAAUUUGUACGACUGA